GCGGGCUGCCUCCCGGGAGCGGGCAGCGGGGCAGCGGCUUCGCGAGGAUGAGUCUGGAAAACCACGAUGUGCUGCUGGAUCUGGAGCGGGAGGAGGAGGAGGAAGAGGAGGAGGAGGAUGGGGAGACCGUCUUGGAACUGAACCAGGUGAUUUUUCCCACUUACGGAACUGUGCCGGAUCAGCAAAACCUUCAUACUCCGGAAUGGGCUGAUUUGGAUGAUAAACCUGACUCCUUGUUCUUCAGUGAUGGGCAGAGAAGAAUUGACUUUGUUUUGGUGUACGAAGAUGAAAACAAAAAAACUACUCAUAAGAGGAGUGAUCGUAAAAAGCAAAAGAGGAAGAGACAAGUAUACGAAUCAAACCUGAUAAACAACGGCUUGCAACUUGAAGCAACAAGAUCGGUUUUGGAUGAAAAACUUAUUUUUGUGAAAGUGCAUGCACCUUGGGAAGUGCUGUGCACAUAUGCCGAGGUUAUGCACAUCAAAUUGCCUCUGCAACCCAGUGACCUGAAAACUCGAGACUCAGCUUUCAACUGUUUUAGUAGAUUCUUCAGAGUGGAUGAAAAUAUCAUCAUACCCGAGCAAGAGUUUUUCACUGCGCCUUUUCAAAAGGAACAUUUGUCCAACUUUUAUAUUCAAGACAAAGACACGUUUUUCAAUCCUGCGACUAGAAGCCGAAUUGUUCAUUUUAUUCUAUCCCGUGUGGAAUAUGCAACCAAAAACAAUGUGAAAAAAUUUGGCAUUAACAAAUUACUGGAUACUGGAAUCUACAAAGCGGCAUUUCCACUUCAUGAUUCUAGUUUUAGGCACCCAUCAACUGAUCCUGACUGCCCAAGUGAACGGUAUCUUCUCUACAGAGAGUGGGCUCAUCCUAAAAAUAUUUUCAAGCUGCAGCCUCUGGAUUUCAUCAGGAAAUAUUAUGGAGAGAAAAUUGGAAUUUACUUUGCUUGGCUGGGCUUCUACACUAACAUGCUGAUCGUGGCUGCCGUUGUAGGAGUUGGCUGUUUUCUGUACGGAUGCCUGACGAAGGACAACUGCACAUGGAGCCAAGAAGUAUGUGAUCCCAACAUAGGAGGUAAUAUCAUAAUGUGCCCUCAGUGUGAUAAAGUAUGUACCUACUGGAACCUCACCAUCACUUGUGAAUCAUCCAAGAAACUCUGUAUAUUUGAUAGCUUUGGAACACUGGUGUUUGCAGUAUUUAUGGGAAUAUGGGUUACUUUGUUUUUGGAGUUUUGGAAGCGAAGGCAGGCUGAACUGGAGUAUGAAUGGGACACAGUUGAGUACUUAGAGCAAGAAGAACAAGUUCGCCCAGAAUAUGAAGCUCAGUGCACUCGUGUAGUAAUGAAUGAAAUCACACAGCAAGAAGAACAUGUGCCAUACACUGCCUGUGGAAAGUGCAUACGGAUGACUUUCUGUACAAGUGCAGUCUUCUUCUGGAUUCUUUUGAUUAUUGCUUCAGUUAUUGGAAUCAUUGUCUACAGACUCUCAGUUUUCCUGGUGUUUUCUUCAACAUUGUCACAGCACAUUAGUGGAACAGAAGCCAUCCGCAAGUACCUGACUCCGCAGACAGCCACUUCAGUAACUGCUUCGCUCAUCAGCUUUGUAGUCAUUAUGGUUCUCAAUGUCAUCUAUGAAAAAGUGGCAAUCCUGAUUACUGACUUUGAGCUUCCAAGGACACAGACCGAUUAUGAAAACAGUCUGACCACAAAGAUGUUCUUGUUCCAAUUUGUCAACUACUAUUCUUCAUGCUUCUACAUAGCUUUUUUUAAGGGUAAAUUUGUAGGUCACCCUGGAAAUCCAGUUUAUUGGCUAGGAAAGUAUCGCAUUGAAGAGUGUGAUCCGGGCGGAUGUCUCCUUGAACUCACAACUCAGCUCGCCAUCAUAGUAGGAGGUAAAGCAAUCUGGAACAACAUUCAAGAAGUGCUUCUUCCUUGGGUUAAGAAUCUAAUCGGAAGACACUGUGCAGCUGCAAGAUCAGAAAAAGUUGUUCCACGCUGGGAACAGGACUACCACCUGCAGCCCAUUGGAAAACUUGGACUGUUUUAUGAGUAUCUUGAAAUGGUGAUACAAUUUGGCUUUGUGACUCUUUUUGUGGCAUCGUUUCCCCUGGCUCCUCUUCUGGCUCUUAUUAACAAUAUGUUGGAGAUCCGGUUGGAUGCAUGGAAGCUGACGACCCAGUUUAGGCGCAUGGUUCCACAGAAGGCACAAGACAUCGGCGCCUGGCAGCCCAUCUUGCAAGGCAUAGCCAUUCUGGCAGUGGUCACCAAUGCUAUGAUAAUUGCUUUUACAUCUGACAUGAUUCCUCGUCUGGUUUAUUACUGGUCCUUUUCAGUCCCUCCUUAUGGGAAUCACAGCAGUUACACUAUGAAAGGGUAUAUAAACAGUACGCUUUCUGUCUUCAAUGUGUCGGACUUCAAGAAUGCAAGCAAGCCAUUUUCCCCUUGGUUUGGGAAGCAAACAACAUGCAGAUACCGGGAUCUCCGCUACCCUCCUGGUCACCCACACCAAUAUGAGCAUAACAUAUACUACUGGCAUGUCGUUGCAGCCAAGCUGGCUUUCAUCAUUGUCAUGGAGCAUGUCAUAUACUUUGUGAAGUUUAUUAUUUCAUACUUAAUUCCGGAUGUAUCACAAAAGACCAAGAGCAAGAUCAAACGAGAGAAGUACCUAACACAGAAACUGUUGCAUGAGAACGAUCUCAAAGUUGUGAAAAAAGCCAUGGCGAAAAUAGCCGAUAAAAUUAUCAAAGGAGUAGACAGCACUUUGCGAUCUAAAGCUGAAUAAGUACUUUAUUAUAUGGAAUAACAUAUUUAGCCAACUGUUGCCUGUCCAGGUAUUGCCAAUAACUAACCAAAUACUUUGGAUUAAUUGCCUUUACUAAGUAUUGCUUUUUUGCAACUGCUACCUGCUCAUUUACCUAAUUCCCUUGGACGAUUCAACCACUGUGACUCAGAUAAGAGUUAUCAAUUUUUUAAAUAGCGUUAGUAGGACAUUUUUUUUUAACAUGUGAAGAUAAAAAAUAUUUAUCGUCUUAAAAUGAUGCAGGUUAAUUCUAAAACACAUGAAGUGUUUUCCACUUUAUUUAGGCAUCAGCUAUGAGAUCUCUCGUUUGACUUGAAUAAAACUUUAAGAGCAAGAAUGAUUUGUUGUUAGAAUACCAUCAUGUCUUCAAAGGAGUUUUGAUUACUUGCUAAUGCAAACCCCAACAAAAUGAAGAAGAAAAGCCAAAAUAUGAAGAAAGGAGAAGAAAAAUACAAUUGAAAAUCAUGUUGUUAAGCCAUUGGAAUUGACAUACUAAGCACUGUUGUGUGCUACACUGAAUUAGCUAUGCAUACUGAGACUUAAAUGGAUAACAAGAAAUUUCAAUUAAUCAUGGACUUGGAUCACAAGAAGCAGCAGGACUGUAAGCCCAUCCUGUUCAUCAAUCUCUGUGUAAACAGAGAAUUGCCUUUGAAAUCAAUGCAUACAAACUAACUUUACAGCACUCUGGAUGAGGAGAAAACUCAGGCAUUUUAUCUUUCCCAACAUCAAUGUACUUUCAUUGGUUCACUUGCCCAUUCUGCUCUGAAUGACCAUAGCCUGGAAGGUCUCCAACCUGCAAUAGUAAUGAGCGUUAAAAGUCUUUUCACGUACUAAAUCAAUAUUUGUGGAGAGCUGUCUUUUGCAUUUCUCCCACAGCUGAGGCACGGUGCUCUUCCCUGAUAGAUUUUGACAUAGGAAGAUUGCGCAGCUGGACCUGUUGUGAUACGGCAUUGCAUGAUAAAGUGAAUUCUGACAGGACCAUGGAUCUGUUGGAAUUGGAGAUGGAAUAACCAUUAAACGUGCCUUAAUCAUGCUAUGAAGCUUUAAAUAAACAGGAAAGAUGUUAGAGGUAUGGAUGCAUGGGCAAGAACCAUCGGUUAUCUUCAAAUUAGGCUACGUAUCUGCUGGGCUAUUUUGGCUGUACUUGCAAAUGGUAACUUAGAGAAUAACAGAUUAAACGUGUAUGUAGAACUCCACUUUGUGUCUGCAGCAGUGAUAUUCCAUAUUAUUAGCUUGCUUUUGCUUUUAACAGUUCUGGUGGACUGGUUUCUACAAAUUAUGAAAACCAAUAUCUUGUUAACAAAAGCCAAAGCAUGCCUGUCCUCUGUAAACCAGGUAAUUACUGUUGCAUUUGUAAUUUUGUACUCUUCUUAAAUAUAAUAGGUACAUAAUAGGUGCGCAGAAUAUUUAGGCAGAUUAUUCAUAUAGCUUUUACUUAUUAAGGAUUUCAUUUGCAGAAGCUAAAUAGCAUUUACAGGAUGUAUGUUAUCCAAGUAAUAAUUAUCUGUGUGAACUUCCAGUUACUGACUCCUGUGUACCUCAAGCCUAUCCUUUGAGAUGGUAGUAUUAAAAACAGAAUAGGUAGCACAUGAGGGGCAUUGUUUCAGCAGUAAUGAUACCCAAGCUUUCACUCAGCAAGACUUUGCAUGAUUGCAUGGAAGAGCAUGAGAGGAAAGCUUGGUUCAAAAAUCAAGGAAAGGUGAAAGAAAGAAACUCACGUGUUCCAGAGAACCACUUGCAUUUCUGACACGGAAGGACUGAAGUUUACUUAGUAUAAUGCCCAGAAAACUUUGCACAGAUAUCACCUGAAGACAAAAAAAAAUCUCAGGACAGAAAAACAAGAUAAACCAUAAUGGUAAAUGAGUCAGCCAGUGCAGCGAUGAAACCAGUGCUUGUUUGCACAGGGAAUUCUACUCUGCUAUUUGUUUUGUUUUCAUCAGAAAUAUGACAACUCUUUAAUUUACCGGGAAGCAAAUAUAAAUUGGACAGGUCAACAAACACUCAGGAGUUUCUAAACAGGACAAAAUUUCUUAUCAAAAUGUACCCCUGAAUACUGAUUUGAUAUUUUCCCCCAGAUGACAGGGUGUCUGGGGUUGGAAAGGACCUCUGGAGGGCAUCCUGUCCAACCUCCCUGCUCAAGCCUAGAGCAGGCUGCCCAGGCCCAUGUCCAGAUGACUUUUGAGUAUCUCCAAGGAUGGAAACCCCCACAACCACCCUGGGCAACCUGUGCCAGUGCUUGGUCACCCUCACAGUGAAAAAGGGUUUCUUGAUGUUUAGAGGGAACCUCCUGUGUUUCAGUUCAAGCUCUUUGCCUCUGGUCCUGUCCCUGCAUACCAUACAAAACUUCUGUUUAAAAAAAAAACUGUUACAUUUAACAAUUUUAGUGAAGUACUCAGGAUUUCCUUGUGCAAAAGUAAUUUGGUUAGAAAGGCUGGUCAGCUCCUUGCAGAUUUGGAGCUUUUGGCUUUAGCUUUGAGCUGGCUCUUCCACCUCUGCAGCUGUGUUCAGCUGGAAUGCCAUUUCCAUAACCCCAUCAGUGACAACGGUGCCAAUGUGCUUUAAACACCCUUUCAGGUGGGGUAGCGGAGGGCUGGGGCAGUCAAGGAAGCAUCCUGUGAUAAAGAAAAAAAAAGUCCAGCAAAAACCUGACCAUUUCAGGUAAUUAUUUGGGCUUAAGGAAGCAUUCCUCUUUGACAGCUAAAGAGACUAGGAAACAAAGGAAUUAAGUGCCUUGCCUGAGGUCACACUGUGAGCUAUGGCAGAGCUUAAGGGUGAUUUUCAAGAGUGUUUGGUCUUAUGUUCCUUGUUGGGUUCCUGUGGCCUAUUUUUACAUCAGUUGGCAGCAUUCCCUAAGGGGGGAGAGUUGGCCCUUAGUGUCAUGGAGGGUUUAUAUUCCUGCCUUUAAAAUAACGAUUUUAAAAAAUGUGCUACAUCAGCAAAGUGUGUGUAUCUAUGACUUGGGCUCCUCCCAUCAUAAAACCAUAAUCAGCUUUGGGUGUGUUUCUACAUUACCAUUUUUGUUCAGAUCAAGAGUGUUCUCUUGAAACUAGUCUUCCACUUGUCCCUGCUUUUCGGAUGGUGCUUCCCAUCACUGACUGGUCUCAGGGCACACGGACUGGAUUCCUCUUGCUUUAAAGCAAACCAGAAAACAGGUUUUAGAUAUACAUUUAAUAGUCUCUGACAGGCACUUAGUCCAGAGAGCUAAAACCAGAGCUAGGCUGAAGAGCACAGUGAGUCCUGCACGGAUAUCAGCUAGUCAACAUCAGCUUUUUUGCUCCAGUGAUUUAUUUCUCAAGUGCCAUGCUUCUUGCUAAUGUAGCUGUAACAUUACAUUUCAGAAGACAUUAUGUCAGGAAUUCAGUUCAGUUUGCCAUAUGCACAGUGUUAUUCACAUCACGGUUCUGAGUGAGAGGGAAGAGGAAAACAAACAGAAUGCCUAAUAGUUGGAUCUCUGUGCAACUUCUGUAGCCUCUACCUCCAGCUGCUGAAAUGUGCUCUGCUUGUACACAGGGAGCUCCAUGAAGGCAUCAGAACAAAAUGCUGAGGUGGGGAGUGGGGCCAGUUACCAGUACAGGGGUAUUUGUAACUUUUUGGAUUUUUAGCCUAGGUCACUUAAAGUAAUAUUUAAAGAUCCGCUUGAAGGGAAAAUUAACAUUUGUUUUAAACUACGAAUCAAUUUUACUCUUUUUUACACUUUUUAUGUAGGCCAAACUCCUGCUUUCUACAGAUUUGUUGAAUGGACCAGUUACCAUUUCAUUGCCUUAACAAGCACCACAAAUUACAGACCAUUGCCACUGUUUUAGACUCUGUGUAUGUUGAUAAAAUUCAGAAUGUAAGAAUAUAUUUUUUGUAUUUUUUCUAAGAAUGUUUGCUAUUAGUUUCUGAAUAUUAAGAUUUCUUUAUAUUUAUUGUCAUUAAAUAAAGUGUAUUUUAAAAUAACGCAUCUGAUGUUGAUUAGCAU